AGAAAGUAAUCUCCAUCCCAAACCAAAAAAGCUUUUGACUUCUUUGAAAAAUCCUUUAGAUUCGAAGAGAAAACCCCAACAUUUCAUUGAUGGGUAUAUAGAGAGAACAAAGUAAACGAGGAGCGUAGCUGAGGAGCGGAGGAAGGAAAAACAAUUCGUUUCAGAAAAGAGUAAAGACCCACAUUUUCUUUUAGUGUUCUUCGUUUAUUGGCUGCUGCAAAUUUCUUUUCUUUCUGGGAAAUAAUGGUUGCGAGAACCCCACCAAAGCAAAGGAAAAUCUUGGUGGCUCCUCUUGAUCCUGUCCUACUCCGGGAGACCGUAAAGAAGGUGGAGAAAUGUAUGGCGAGAUUGCAAGAGUUGCAGUAUACGGUGGCCGGAGGGACGAAGGUUAUAUCAGGGGUGAAACUGAGUCCUGGGAGUACCAGGGCUUAUUUCAAAACUAGUCUCAGGUGCAAGCAAGAGUCUUUGAGAAUGAAGAAUGGUACAUCUCCAAGGAAGUCACCUGUUGGGAAGUUUCCAGCUGCUGCAAGAGGUGAAUGGAAGAGAAUGUCAUUGCCUGCAAUGCUUGUAGGAGAAACAGUAGGGGAAAUACUUCAAGCUAGUCAAUUUGCAAAAGAGAUUUUAGCAGCCGUUGAUAACAAAGUGAAGAAGACAACGGUUGAGGAUCCAAAGACUCCAUUGACUGAACGUAAAAAGCAAAAGCAACAGCCUGAGAACACCGAGCUGAAAGCCAGGAGAAAGAGGGAGAAACAGAACAAAUUACAGCUGAUUCGAACCGAAUCCGAGUCCCCGUCUCUUCGAAGGGCUUGUUCCCGAAUCAACUUCAAGGUUUCUCCUCCCAAGUUCAAGGAACAUGAGAAGGAAAACAAUAGACUUAUGGCUAAUAGGGUGUCACCAAGGAUUAGGCCCUGGGCUAAAAAGACUGUCUUGUUCCCAAACCCAUUGUUUAGUUCAACAUCUGCUUCACAGCAACAGAAGUUCUGCAAGACAAGGUCUCCGGUGAUUGCAAGAAAUAGACAAACUCCACAUAAGUUCUUGAUCAAGUCUCCUCCAUCGGCUUCGAAGUUCCAAGUCAAGAUCAAGAGCCCACCUGUGGUUUCGCUAUCGCCCACGAGAUCGACCAACACGAGCAAGAGAUCACCAAAGGCGUCAGCUGCUUCCAAGCUUCGCAGAUCAUUUUCACCUUCCAGAUUGGCUAACAGAUUGGUGUCACCAUUGAAGAGUAGAAAGAGCUCGGAAAAAGGCAUUGUGAGAUCGUUUUCACCUUCCCGAUUGGCAAAUAGACUGGUGUCACCAUUGAGGAGCAGAAAAGGAUUGCAAAAGACUGAUGGACCAAUGAGUGGAAUGAAACAGCGUCCGGUUUUAAUGCCAAUGAGAUUCUCAACAGGGAAAAUAUAAGCAUCAUGAAAUUUCUCUUUUCUUGACAUUGUUGUGAAUUUACUUGUGGAUGUAAAAAAUUCUUUGGUU